AUGGCUGCCGCCCCGUUCAAGGUCAAGGCCCUUUACGACUACAAUUCCGGCCACGAGGAUGACCUGGCCUUUCCUGAGGCGGCCAUCAUCACGGUCACGGCCGAGGAGGAUGCGGACUGGUAUGUUGGCGAAUACAAUGAUCCCAAUGGCACCAAAAGGGAGGGUCUCUUUCCCAAGAACUUUGUCGAGCGCUACGAGCCUGCGCCUCCUCCGCGCCCCAACCGUGCAUCGCGCCCUCCCCCGCCGCCAUCCGCUCCGGCUCCUCUGGAGAAGCCGUCUAUGGACGACGAUACCCCCGAGCAGCCUGAGCAGCCCGAGCCCGAGCAUGAGCCCCUUGUAGCUCAGGCUCCAGCGCAACCUGAAGCGCCACGAGAAGAGCGUCCGGUGCCUCCGCAAUCCCCCCCACCUGUGGCCGUUCCCAAGUCUCCCGAGCAGCCUGAGCUUCCUAAGAUGGCGAAGCCGGCCCCUCCCCCUGCUGCACCUGUUGCAGGCAGCAAGUCGCCGCCCCCGCCUGUUGCGGAGAAGCCCCAGUCCUUCAAGGAUCGUAUUGCAGCCUUCAACAGGGGCUCUGCUGCACCCAUUGCUCCCAUAAAGCCCAGCGGUGCGCCCGCUGGCUUCAUCAAGAAGCCUUUUGUCGCGCCGCCUCCGAGUCGCAAUGCGUACGUACCUCCACCCCGUGAGCCGGCGCCUCAAAAGGUGUACAAACGCGAGGAGGAUCCGGAUAUUUCUGAGCGCCAGGCACAAGAUCAGGAUAUGGCCGAAAAGGCUGGGCUAGCUAGUUCAAGUGCUCCCGCUGAAGACGAAGAGGAUGCUCCUAAGCCCCAGAGCCUGAAGGAAAGGAUUGCGCUUUUGCAAAAGCAACAGAUGGAACAAGCAGCGCGGCAGGCGGAAGCUUCGCACAAAGAGAAACCCAAGCGUCCGCCCAAGAAGCGUAUCGAGUCGCACGAAAAGGAUGUUCAGUCCGAAACAACAGAGGGCGGCGAGCCUGAUGAUGCCCAAGCGCAGGCGAAAAGGCGCCACUCGCACCACCCCAAGUCCCCUGAAGCCCGUCUGCAGGAGCGUGAGCCAUUCAGUGAUGGCAAUGAGGCCGACCAGUCUGCUGCCGGCGAGACUACUGAAGAUGCUGAAGGAUCCUCCACGACCGUUGAGGAGGACGAGGAACAAGCUCGCGCCAAGGCUGUCCCCAGAGCGCACGCCGCGCCUACUCACGAGCCUGAGGUUGGAGAUGAAGAAGAUGCUACUGAAGAGGAUGAGGUAGAUGACGAAAUGGACGAAGAGGCCAGAAGGAAGAUGGAGCUUCGAGAGCGAAUGGCGAAGCUGAGUGGUGGCAUGGGCAUGGCCGGCAUGUUCGGGAUGCCCAUGCCUGGGAUGAAGCCACCAGUCAAGAAGACUACGUCUGGCUCGGAACGCAGGUCCAUCGAUAGCCACCGUGAUUCCGAGCAGUCGCCGCCUCCCCCAGCCCAACGUGUCCCGAUGAUGCCCAUUCCUGGCAUGGCCAUGCCGCAAGUGCGCAGCCCGGAAUCCGAAGACACUGAGAUGGCAGUUGAGAAGGAGCAUGAGCCAACGCACCCGAUUACUGGAGGAUAUGAACCCGAAGAGAUGCCAGACGUAGAGGAUAUGAAAGCCGAUGAGCCGGUGAAGGAUCAGUCACAGGAAAAGGAUGCUUCUUCGUCUGUGCCGCAAGGUCAGUAUCAACUUCGACGACGAGCUGUUGGCGCCACGCAUCACCCUAAGAAGGCCUCAAUAUCAUCCAAGUUUUCUAGCUCCUUGACGAAGUGGACGCCUGCAAUUUCAGGCGGUACACUUGGGCACAGACUUGUAUUUGAGGUCGUCAAUCGGCCAGUUCCGCCGCCUCCAAGUGCCGAGCGGCCAGCACCCCCGCCGGUACCCGCAGAGUCUCGUCCCGUUCCAGCUCCGCCGUCGCCCGAAAGGCCAGAGUCACGAGACUCAGAGUCCGACGAUGAGCUGCCAGCUCGAGGGGCCCCGCCGCCAAUUCCUCAGUCGCCUCCUCAGCACCGCGGCGAUGAACCUCACUCGCCCUCAGUUACUUCUAGGCCAUCAACCUCCUCAGAGAAGAGGGCAAGCCGGCCUAUUCCGCCGAUUCCUGGUGUUUCCAGCCCCGUCAUGUCCCCAACAGCUGUUUCCAGAGUCCCACCACCACCACCACCCGCGGCUGCCCCUCCUUCGAGGGGCUCCGCCAAGGAAGCCUUCUCUCCUCAUCUGGGGUCUCGGGAAGACAUGGAAGGCGAAACUGAAUAUGAAGGCGACUACGACACGGACAUCGCCUCCGGAGCAACGCAUAAAGAUGCUCUGAAGGCGCAUGUAAGAGACCAAAGCUAUGACGAGAGCACUCUGCCGGGCUCUCCGAUAACGGGUCCUAUUCCAGUGGGAGCGCCGCGUGCUGUUCCUCCGCCUCCCCCGCAGCAGCCACCGCCUUCCAGACAGUCCCUCGAUGCUCCCAGAGGCGUUCCUCCGCCUCCGCCACGCGAGUCAAUGGAUGCACCUCGAACCAUGCCACCACCGCUACCAAGGGAGUCCAUUGAUGCCCCCAGAGCCAUGCCACCUCCGCCACCAAGAGAGUCCAUUGAUGCCCCACGAGGUGUACCGCCACCUCUCCCUCGUGAAUCUCUGGAUGCUCCACGGGUUGCACCACCGCCUCCUCCUUCUCAACCCAUGUCUCCUGCAGACGACAAUGAUGAGUACGAGCCGUAUCGUUUCAACGCUCAGGCAGCCCGUGCUGCCCCGCCGCCUCCCUCUGGCCUUCCACGGGCCGCAGAACCUGUGGAACUUGUAUCGGAGGAGGAUGACGAGGAAAUUUAUCAAAGUCCUCCCCCACGAAGGAUGAGCAAAAGGACAAGCCAGCAUCCAGCAAUUCCCUCGCAUCAGGAAGCAGAGGAUACGUACGAGACCCCAAUGUCCCCGCCGCGCAGCUCGAUGCAAACUACGAGAAAGUCCCUGGACGUCGAUCGGACCCUUGGUUCACGUCGGUCCAUGGAUCAAUCUCGUCCUUCCAUCGACCACGGUCAUAUUGCCAACGAUGUCGAUCUGGGCCAGGGAAGCCAGUGGUGGACACAGCCAAACAUGCCGCCCCCGAUUUUCCAGAACCGCAAAGAUGUAUUGUUCGAGAUUGAAGAGUCCACCACUGCCAAGCGCGGCGGCAGGACUAUUGUGCAAAAGGAUGUCUAUGUCUUGUUCCAAGACUACUCACAAACCGUUGUUACUGCUCGAUUCGAUGCGCGAGAGGCGACCAAUGUGGCACUCGAACAAAGACACGAACCUCCACCUCAAAAACUGAGACAGGAUCAGCUCGAGAAUGCUUACGAACAGUUCGGUCGGCGUAUCUCGGAAGAUGCAAACGCAAAACAGCACGCGACAAUUGGCGACGGCUCCCCCCAGGUCCUCAUCCUUGAGCUCCUCAAGCCUUUGUCAUCUGCGCUCUAUCCGGUCGGUACUCGUGCUUACGGCGCGUUGGUAUAUGCGAACCUAGCCAAUGCGUCGGUCCAACAGAACGACGAGAUUCGCCCUGGAGACAUAAUUUCGCUUCGCAAUGCCAAGUUUGAAGGUAAGCAUGGCGCUAUACACGCCAAAUACAAGAUGGAGGUCGGGAAGCCGGACCAUGUGGGAGUGGUCGUGGAGUGGGAUGGUACGAAGAAGAAGAUCAAAGCGCUAGAGCAGGGUCGCGAAAGUAAGAAGGUCAAGGUGGAGAGCUUCCGCAUGGGCGAUCUCAGGAGCGGCGAAGUAAGGGUUUGGAGAGUCAUGGGUAGAGACUGGGUUGGCUGGGACGUUUCUACCUAA